GAUAUGGUUCUGUCUCACCCCGUACACCUUGGGGAAAAUUGGUGGCCAUCCUAUAUGCUUUAAUAGGUAUUCCAUUGAUGCUGCUGUACCUCUCAGCAACUGGAGAAGUUCUGGCUAGAAGUUUCCGAAGACUGUACGGAAAGUUAUGCGGAUCAACAUCCAGAGAACUACAAUGUCCCUGUUCAAAUCCCGUGAGAGUUCCAGUGUCAUUAUGUUUGGUCAUCGUACUGGCAUACAUCUGUUCUGGAGCUGUGCUCUUUCAUAGGCUUGAAAAUUGGUCGCUACUGGAAG